AUGGCCGUGACAUGGUCCUGCAAGCUGUGCAUGCAGCGGAACUCCAUCGAGGCCGACAAGUGCGUCACUUGCGGACGGCCCCCAGACUGGGUGCCAGCACAGAGGCACCAGGCUGAGCCCCAGGGCGAACUCGAAGUGUUCCGGCCCAGGGAGUUGGCACCGCGGGAUCCACCCAGAGAGGUGCAGCCCGUGGUGCAAAACUCCCGAAGCUAUGUGCAGCUUUGCAUUAGUUUUAUUUUAGUGAUGCUUAAUGUGAUCCUGAACAUGCUUUGGCCUGUCAAAUUCUUGCGGAUGGAUGAACAGCUGCGGGUCCAGCACCUGACCACUGUCACAGUGGUGAAUGGUCCGGGGCUGGUGUGCAUCAAUCCAUUCAAGACCUGCGCGAUCGUGAAAGCAGUGACUUUAGGUCCGCUAGACUACGUGCGUGUGCGCGAUGCCAUGGAUGGCACUGAGCGUGCUGUGCACGGGCCACGAUUGUUUUUCCUGGGUCCCUACGAGAAGAUGCAGGCAAGUGGUCAGGGAGUGAGUGUAAGCAACAUGCAGUACGUGCUGAUAGAGGACAAACAAACCGGAGAGAGGAAAGUACAGCGUGGGCCAUUGGUGUGGAUUCCAGGACCUCGAGAAGAGGGGAAGGUCUUUAACGCCGUCCGACUUUCCAGCACAGAGUAUGUCACAGUAGAAGAUCUGCUCAGUGGAGCUCGGAGGGUGGAGAAAGGACCUUGCAUUUGGUUUCCAGGUCCAUAUGAAGAGUGGGAGCAAGGGGAAGCAGUCCACCUCAGUGGGACCGAAUACGUGACUGUUCAGAACGUCCUUUCCGGCGAGAGACGUGUAGACAAAGGCCCUUGCAUGUGGUUCCCCGGUCCGCACGACGAGUGGACAAAGGGCGCCAGCACCAGCCUGACUUGUACGCAGUACUUGACUGUCUUAAACAAGCUUUCCGGAGCUUCUUCACUGGUCAAGGGUCCUUGCAUUUGGUUUCCUGGGCCAUACGACAGCGCCUCACAGGUGAGAGAGGCCGUGGUGCUGCAGGAUGAUGAGUACGUGAAGCUGAAGGAUAUCUCAACAGGGACGCGUUGGGUUCAUCGUGGCAAGGGCCUCCUUUUCCUGGAGCCCACGUGGCGCGUCGAGAGCUCCAACGCACGAAGUUCAGGCAUUCAGAAGUCAUGGGCACUCAGGGGCCGGGAGUUCUUGAGGCUACAGGUGGCUCCACACCUACGUGUGACCAAAGGUUCCAAUGUUACUUCCGAGUUUCACCAAUUUCCAUGUGCUGUAGGAUUCCUUCUUGGCCGCACGCUGCUUCGACAGUAUGUCAAAGACAACAUUGUGGCGAAAUUUGCGGUCUUCAAGGCUGUGGCGCAGGCGGUGAAGACCGAGCCGUUUACCGUUACCUGCAUGGUGCGAUUUGCGCCUAUACCCACAACUGCAAAGGCUAUGGGGCUUGCAGCCGUCGAGGUUCCGUUUGGGCCUUUCCUGCUGGCAUCCUCACUCUUCGGCGCGCCUUGGAGCAUACUGAGCGCCGUGGUUGGCUCCUCCUUGGCGUCGCUGCCCGAGGUGCUGGAAGGGCGAGGUGACGAGAAGAUGCGUGAGCUUCUCCAUUCAUGGCGCCAGCAGCCCAUUCUGACAACCGGGCUCCUCGUCGCGACGGUGCUGCUUACGGCCUUGUUGAUAGCAAAAUCGCGGAAGAUGUACAGCACCUACCGUGAGCUCAUGGCUAAAGCCAGCGAAUAG